CUUCAGAUGCAUCGACAGUCUGUCAGAAUAGGUGGUCUGAAAAUGUUGCAUGCAGUCAACUCGCUCGAAGCAAACGCAAUGCAGAUUUAGGUAGUUCGCUCAACUAGCCGUAACCUUUGCAACUAAUGUCAUAUGGAAAGUAGCGAGCGAUUUUGCCCUCGGGUUGCGUAACAUGCCGUGAAUGAACUUGGAGACGCGACAAAACUUAAUCAACAUUUACGUUAUUUAUAUUUGCAUAUUUUCUUUUGAUUGGGUAGUGUACAGGAGAAGUAGUUACGUAUGAGUCCAGCAGAUGAGCGAUCAGAGCGGGCUCAGACGGAGGUGUGUCCAUUUUGCGGCCGGCCUUUUAAGAGGCUCAAAUCCCACAUUGCUCAUUGCAAAAUGGCACCUGUUUCCAAGGAUACGCACACCUCCAAAACCUCCAAGCUGCCUGACAUCACUCCCCGAGAGCAGAGUGCUACUGUGAAAAAGAAGGAGAAGAAGAAAAAGGUGAUGGCAAAGCAGUCUGCACAGUCUGAUGCAAAUCUAGCUGAUAUCCAGUCAGGUCCAGCCCUUAAAACCAAAAACACAGACCCCAAAGAGAAGACUGUGGCAGUGAAGGUAAGCCAAAACAAAAAAACUUCAAAGACACUGGACUCCCAUGCUGUCAGUGCCAUGAAAGCCAAGAUACACAAAAACAUGGGACCAGAAAUGGUGCAGCCCAAGAGGGAACAGGAACCAGGAGGCAAGCAGCAGCAGCUUGUCAGAGGGACAGUGUUGGUGUCAUCCAAAUCAGGGAGAAAGAGCCCUGUCUCUGCUUUUCCAUCGAUGGAAGACCACAGUGUGGUCACAGUGGCUGAAGAAGGGCCAGUCCCUGCUGCCAGUAGAACGGCGCUCCCAGGAAGCAAAUGGUCACCUACCAAAGGACCCCUUAGCUGGAACCGUCCCAAAGACAAGGUGAAACAGAGCUCGGUGCAGUCUGUCCCGUCUCCGACAGGUGGCGCUGUGGCCCAGGCUUCACUGGGAGGCUCAAGGACAGCCCAAGUCAAAGCAGAGGAGAGACCAGAGGGAUCCUUACAGAACCGGCCCUGUACCAAAGUCAAUUUCUGGGAUGACUACAGCAGCUGGGCUAGUGUGAAAACCCCAGGGGAAGAUCGCCAGCGGCCCCAAAGGUCAGAAAAGGGCUACAGUGUGGAGCAUCCCUGGACCAAGACCAGCGUCUGGGACCACAUUAAAGAGGGAUGGUCCUGCCGGAGCCCUGGUCUUCUCCUCACCGCAGACCGCAGUGAAGGAGGGCUUAAGGGUAGCUUUGCACUUGCUCCUCAGAAUGCAAACCCUCAAGACCAAGUGCCAGUGGAAUCAGGGUAUCAUUUGGCUGCGGGGGUCAGUAGUGAGCGUUUGACAGAGAGUCAGACUCUCCAUGGGUUUCUGCAGCUCCCACCACAGGCUAAUGCCCACACCUCUCAAGAUUCACACAUGGAGUCAAGCAGAACCCUGGAAACCCCAUGUGAAAAGCAGCAACAGUCUGCAAGAUCAGAGGAGGGCUGCAGUGUGGGGCGUCUCUGGACCAAGACCAGCGUCUGGGACCACAUUAAAGAGGGAUGGUCCUGCCGGAGCCCUGGUCUUCUCCUCACCGCAGACCGCAGUGAAGGAGGGCUUAAGGGUAGCUUUGCACUUGCUCCUCAGAAUGCAAACCCUCAAGUGCCAGUGGAAUCAGGGCUCAUACCCAGGCCUCCGGGGACUCAGAUGUGGAGUUAA